ACUCGCCCAUGGCAUUUGAAAACGAAACAAAAAUCGGAUUGUGUUCUGUGAAGGAUUUAUGCAAAUUAAAUUAUAUACUGUCUGCAUCUAAUAUAUCCGGGACAAGAUCAACUGGAACCAACUAAUGUAAUAUACUGGUAGAGGAAUGUCUGCGACUUAGCCGAGGGCCACUGGAUAAGGAAUGUUGAUGGCAAAACAGGGUAAAAUUGUGCGCUACAAAGCAAAACGUGUGUAAGUAAUGGAUACUGAAUUCCGAAAUUGGAUAAAGGCAUGUUUAGCCAUUAAAUGUGUCAAAGAUGGGUUGGUUCCACUUGUGGAAAAAUACACUAACAUACAUUAUACAAGUAACAAAGAUGAGGUCGUUAAAGUAUGUGGGAUACCCACUUAUUUGUGUAAAACGUGCGACGUUACUGAACUUGAACCCUACCACAAAACAUCCAAGAUAACAUGUAAAUUCAGAAAAUGCGGUUGCAAAAACGAUAAUAUGAAAAAAUGCCAGGAAAAUCGUGCAUGUGGUGUUGUAUAUGAUCAAAUUCAAUCUGCACACAUUAGAAAUGAUCCAAGUUGGCCAAACACAAAUUGUGACAAGUGGUCAAGUAGUGCAUGGGAACAGAUGAAAUGUUACAUCUUCACCCCUGGUUACAAACAGAAAACGGAUAUAUCGUGUGCUGAUGUGACAGCUCUUAUUCAGAUUUGUCUUAACUACAGACCUCUGAGAACCAUAUUCAACCUGAAUGUAGUAGAUCUUGAAGAGGUACUGAGGUGCAGAAAUGACAUAUACCAUUCAAGCACUUUGAAAGUGUCAAACGGCGACCUGAACUAUUUUUUGUCUACUAUGAAAACGUUUUUAAAGUUAAAUGUGUUUCAAGACUUCAAAGAUGAAGUAGAACGCAACUUAGAGAUACUAGGCAAAUUAGAAAAUGACAAGUUUGAAGUAUCUAAAGAAAAUGAACUAGACGCAAGAAAGGAUGCAAUGGGUGGAAUUCAAGAAUCUAUAGCAGAAAUGCUUGAAAACCAAAAACAAGUUGGCCAAAACAUCGAGGUUCUUAUAUCUGUAAAUGAUAGCCAUAUGCAGGAGGUUCAGAAUUGUAUGAGACAAAUUAAGGAGCAAUAUGACAUAAUAAGUACAGAACAGUGUUCACAACAUCGAGAAAUAAGAAAACAAAUAUCAGAUCAAACACAAAAUUUAGAAGAAAUACGAGAGAAACAAGUUUUACUAGGUGCCUCGAUGUCUGAUCUGGGAACCGAUAUGAAAAAAGGGAUGCAGGAAUUGCUUACAAGUACGUUUCGUUCUAAUAAACAAAUUUUUCAUCAUUGUAAUUUGUUUAACCCGUUAUUUUUAUUGUCAACUUCAAUAUCUGAACUUUUCCAUCAAGGACAUUAAAAUCUUUUGGAUAUUUUGUAUAUUUAUACUUGUUUGGAUUGUUGUAUAUUUUACAAAGUGAAACUUCAUAUUUGAUUAUAAGUAACUACACAGCGGUGUUACCCUGAUUCGCCCUUUGUAUAAAUGUGUUAAUUGGAGCAUAUUUUUAUCCUACUUUAUCAAAUAAACAGGAAAAAGAAAUUAAUUA